AACGGAAGCUGUUUGUUGGAAUGCUGAAUAAGAAGCUAAACGAGAACGACGUACGGAAAUUAUUCGAAGUUCACGGCCCCAUCGAGGAGUGUACGGUGUUACGUGAUCAGAGCGGCCAAAGUAAGGGGUGUGCCUUUGUUACAUUUGCAACUAAACACGCAGCGAUAUCAGCGAUAAAAUUGACUUUGAAUCAAAAUAAAACAAUGGAGGGCUGCACUUCCCCGCUUGUUGUGAAAUUCGCUGAUACGCAGAAGGAGAAGGAGCAGAAGAAAAUACAGCAAAUUCAAGCAAAUCUUUGGAAUUUAGCAUCAAACAUAAAUAUACCAGUAGGUCAGACUUCAACCACCGUUUCAACCCCAGUACUUGCGAAUCCGCCACAGCAGGCGAGCCCAGUAUUGGGGCCCGAGGCUAUUACACCGGCGUCCUUGCAAUUGAUUCAACAGUUGCAAGCGGUUGGACUGCAACAACAACUGCUGCAAGGUUUGUGCGCCCAAACGAGUACCACGGACACAGCAACUGCUGCCGCCGCCGCAGCUGGACUGUUACCACCGAUGACGAUACAAAAUUUGGCCGCCAUCGCGGCCAUGACACAACCCUCUCUAAGCAACGCUGCCACUAACCCGGGAAGUGCGCAUAUAACAAAUACAGCAGCUCUGUUAUGCCUUUUAGGAAAAACCCUCAACUCAGGGUCUGAUCCGAACCCGUUAACGUCCGCGUAUAGUAUGUCACCGGCAGCUGGAUUGCCACAAUUCGGUAGCACCACAUUAUCGGCCUCGCCACUGACCAGUAUGGCAUUAAGUAGUGCCGCAGCUGCAGCGGCUGGCAAACAAAUCGAAGGUCCUGAAGGAUGUAAUUUAUUCAUCUAUCACCUACCACAAGAAUUCACCGAUACUGAUUUGGCAUCAACUUUUCUUCCAUUCGGCAAUGUCAUUUCCGCCAAAGUUUUCAUAGAUAAGCAAACCAAUCUUUCCAAAUGUUUCGGUUUUGUAUCUUUCGAUAACCCGGAAUCAGCGCAAGUGGCCAUCAAAGCAAUGAAUGGUUUUCAAGUGGGCACUAAGCGUUUGAAGGUGCAGUUGAAGAAACCCAAGGACGCUUCGAAGCCUUACUAGGAUAGGUACCCAGUACGUGGACGUAAAUCACUGGGAUAGUAAAAUUACGACCACUUACUAAUGAAACAACAAACUAAAAAUUAAAUAUAAGAGAGGGUAAUGAUAACUUUUUGAACUAACUGAAUUGAAAUUGACUGUGCAGCAUAAAACAAAUGUUUACCUAUUAGCGCUGUACUGCAACAAAUUUAAAUGCAUAAACUCAUCCACACAAUUAUAUUUUUUAUAAGUACUGUACGUAUACACUUGUAUAUGCUUGAAUUUGUUUUUGAAUUAAUGUGUAUUUUUGGAAGCUUAGCUCUGUUUGAAAAUAAUUCUUGCUCAAUCUUAACAUACUUAAAUACAUAUAUUUGCUUACAAAGCAUAUCUUAACAAGAUAAAGUUAAAUGAAUUUUAUGUUGAAUUUUUAAUAUACAUAAAGCUUAGUAUACAGCUCUCAAUAAUAAUCUGAAGCAAUAUUUCUCAUUAUUUUUGUGUUGCCUGAAAAAGUACUUUGCCGCUGCUGUAAAUUUUCUUGGCGAAAUAAAUUUAAGUGUAUUUUUCCAAAGUACGUUUCGAAAUUUAGCUACCCUUCAAACACAUUUUUUCAGAACAUAGUUUGUUUUUAAAAUGAGGUUAAAUUUUAAAACCUAAAAUGGCCCUAAAAGCAUAUUUUUCUUAAGAGCUCUAAGCUGAUUUAUGAAAUUUUGAUAAAAGAAAUUUCGUAUUUCUUGGAAACGUUUUGCUUACUUUUGGAUAGAUUUUAAGUUAUCUGUAGGCAUAGGUGGUUUGAAGUUUUCAGUAACCUGAAUUGUUGUUAACUUAUCAAUUUGAACCAAUAUAAUAAUUUUACGAAGCUGAAUUAAAAUGUUGUCCGUGGCCUUUGAGCCAAAAGGCUCCAAAUGUGUAGCCUUUUUUAGUAAUACAUACUUAAAUGUAUGGGUUCAGCGAAAUUUGAUUUUGUCACAUUUGAUACAGAUAAAAAUAAAUUUUUAAUUGUGUGGAAGUAAGACAAAUUCAACAUCCACGUUUUAUAAUUUUCGGGCAAGGCCUCAACAUGAAUGGAAAUUACUAACGAAAAACCUAUAAACAAAACACUUAAACAAAAUUUUGUGGUAUAAAUAUUUGAGCAUGCUAUUGAUUGUUUAAUUAUAUAUUGUAUUUAGUUUCAGAAAUCUUAUUAACUAUAUAUGUAUGUAUAUGUAUAUAAUUAGUUUGAACCAAAAGACAUUUUUUAUUAAACUAAAUGAUAAUUUAUUUUCAAAUAAAUACAUUUUAAAAACUUGAAACAAUAAAAAUAUUGUAUAUGAAUAUUGCAUAUACUGCAUUUGUUAAAAGCCCCUAGUUUGAUGAAAUUGUUAGUUUUUGUUUCAAAUUAAGAUAUUUCUGGAAUUGGUAAAUUUAGGCCAUUAUUGUUUUUUAAUUUUUUAAUAUGGACAAUCUAACAUACAUAGAAAAUAUCUUGCAGAGAAGAAUACAUAGUUCAUUGGCUUUAUAAUUAUAAUUAAUAAAUAGAUAGAUUGCGAUAAAUAGAUUGCGUAUAUGUAUAGUAAAUCGAGAAACUAUCUAAAUUUAAGUGGCGGUAGAAAAUAUUCUCUCUGCACUAACGAAAAGUAGAAAUAGGUACACUGGCUGUUAAAAGUUGGAAAUUAGUAGAUAUGCACUACUCCACGACAAAUUUAUUUCUCCGUGGGAUAUUUGCAUACAAAUGUUUACACACAUUUUAUAAAAACCUAUUUACGUCUUACACAUUUUAAUUGUACCACUGCUUACGGUUGUAUGUAUUUAGUCAAAUGUUUCUUUCUUUUUAUAUAAAUACAUAUCCAUAUAUAAACUCCAAGCGUAUGUUCAUACAUACACACAUUUACUAGUAAGGUACUCCGUACAUUACGAGCCUAAUCAUAGCAAAGUAAAUAAGCCUUUCAUCAUGCCGGAACAAAUAUGUAUAUGACCACUCGACUUCUGCACAAUUUUUUACUAUGCUAUAUUAACCGUACACUUGCUCUGACCUUCUUCAGUCAACUAUACAAGACUAAACACAAUUAGUGUCAAUAAAAUUUUAUUACAAAUAAAAUAAAUACAAAUGUAAACAACACAAAUUCAAAACGCCUAUACUAGUACACACACUGCUAUGAUAAGGCGCGUAAUGUACGGAGUGACUAAAAGCGCAGUUACCCACGGACGUAAAAACGGAGAAGGUGUCAGCUGACACGAUCUAUCUUAUGGCAUCAGCGUGUUAACAAAAACUCACCACCGCAUGACCGCUACGACGUUGCUUCUCUCUCUUUCUAUCAACAGCACACUUGAUAUCUUUCUACGUACGUACGCUACGCUACGGACACGUUCGUUGGUAACCGCGCUCUAAGCCCCUUUUGAAUAUCUUUCAACCGCUUUGUUACUGCAUUAUUUUCAUAAAUAUGGUUGAUGAAUUUUUUGUUAUUUGUGAAGUAAAUU